AAAGUCAAACAGCGACGAGAGUCUAUUCACAACGUUAGUCGCGCGAAUUGCGCUGUGUCAAAGUGCCGUGCCAAACCUACGCGUCGCAGUGCAUAAGACUUCGCAAAAAAAAAAAUAGAAUUUAAUGUUAUUUAAUUGCUUCCAAUUACGCACGUGUUACCAUACCAACUACGCCACGCCGGUAACAUCGCAUUCCUGAUAAAUGUGUCUCGUUCGCGUAUCGCGCUAUCAGUGUUAAGAGUCCCAAGAUACAUGAUAUUGGUGACUAAACAACAUCCAAUCUACGUAAAAGAAGAUUUAACCUCAGUUUCCAAGAAAUUCCUCGUAGCAAAUACGUACAAUGAAAACGCUCGAUAUGCUCCCUGUUAAAAAUAUGGACACAUUGUUAAUGCAAACGUAUGGCCCCGAUUUCCAAAUACACGAUGUGGAAUGGAAACAUUUAACAGAUCCGGGAGAAAACUUUGGUAGUAUAAUACUGGCUGUCAAUAUCAAUGCUGGGCAUAAUGAUAAGAAGAGAACUCUAAACGUGGUUGUCAAAUUACCGCCAAGAUCGGCGUAUUUGUUAGAGUUGUUCGACAGUCCAUUAACAUUCAAGAAGGAACUAGAAUUUUAUAGCAUGGUAGCACCAGAAUUUUUGAAGUUACAAAAUGAAAGCGGAAUCCCUCGGGAAUCCAUAAGCGUCAUCGUACCGCAAUUUUUAGGCGGUAGAUUAGGUUUGCAUGAUCCGCAGCAUUUCGAUGAGCAGGCCGCUAUCGUUUUAGAAAAUCUAAAGAGUUACAAUUAUAUAACGCAAGACCGAAUUAUAGGUCUAGACCAAGUGCACAUGAAUUUUGCGAUCAACCAUUUAGCCAAGCUACACGCCAUAGCAAUCGGCCUAAAGCUCAAGAAACCCGAAUUCUUCAAGAAAACGGUACUACCUUGUCUAGAGUUCAACCUACACGAAGCCACGGAAAAAGCGACGGUAGAUAUGAUACAGAAGGCGCAUAAUGAUUAUAAAAAUAUAAAAGAAGCAGAAGCUUAUUUGAAUAAAAUCGAGAAGACAAUCGAAUAUGGAUAUACACAUGAUGUAACACCGGAAGAACCGUGGGCGACACUAGUGCAUCAUGAUUUUUGGGUAAAUAACAUGAUGUUCAAAUACGAUGAGUCAGGUAAGCCGAUUAAUAUGAAGAUUGUGGACUUCCAAUUAACAGUCUACAAUUACGGUGUAAACGAUCUCAUAUUUUUCCUCGUAUCAAGUUCCCAAAAGGAAGUGCUCGACAAUCAUCUUGACGACAUGAUUGAUUUUUAUUACGACUCUUUUAUCGCGAGUUUAAAAUCACUAAAUUUAGACACAAACGCAUUUCCUAAGAGUCAAUUUAUGAAGCAAUUGAAUCAAUGUGCACCCAUCAAAUUUAACCAGUGCAUCAUGAUGGUGCAAGUAAUACAAGCAGCGCGUGGCUCCGUUUCACAAACGGCGACCGAAGAUGGAGACGAAUGCGUUUUUACAGGUGGGAUCGAUGACGAUAAUUAUAAACAAAAAAUGUUGCACGUCUUAUCUACAUUCAAUCGAAAGGGAUGGCUCGUGGAAUGAUUAAACGUAAAAUUCUAUCCAUAGCAAAUUAAUUCUUUAGAAAAAGUCGUUUUUUAUUACAAAAAAAAUAAUUACUAUAUAGUAAGGUGAACAACCGUCUAAAAUUAGGAGACACAAUUCCAAAUUUUAACUCUUCGUCUCACUUACA